GGAUCGCUGCGCUCCGCCCCGCCCCGCCCCGCCCUGCCCGGUGGCGCCCGGCUCCUGUAGCGGCUCCUCUGCGGCGCAGGGGCUCGGCGGCGCGCUCGGCGCUGCCCGGUGCGUGCGGGGGGAAGGAGGCGGGCGGGCCCCGGGAAGCGGCGGCGGCGACGGUGGGAGCGCCCGCGAGGAGGGCGAAUCGCUGAUUCCUGCCGACUGUACAUGCCUUUUGGCUUUGGAGAACAGAACACGCCAUGGGACAACCUCAAAGAUAUCUCUCCAGACGGGCUCUCUUGCUUGGGUGAUGUGUCUGCUCUCCUGACUGUCUUCAUACCCAAAGGAUUUAUUUUCCUUUUGGAAAUAUUUUAAGUUGAAAUUUCGUUCCUUACUGGAAACUCUCUACGCUAAAGACUGCAUGCAUCAUGGGUGACAUGGCAAACAACUCGGUUGCAUAUAGCAGCGUAAAAAAUGCUGUAAAAGAAGCUAAUCAUGGAGAUUUUGGAGUUACUCUUGCAGAGCUCCGUUCUCUUAUGGAACUUCGAGCUGCAGAUGCACUGCAUAAAAUACAGGAAUGCUAUGGUGAUGUACAUGGCAUCUGUACAAAGUUGAAAACUUCACCAAAUGAAGGUUUAAGUGGAAAUCCAGCAGAUAUAGAAAGGAGAGAAGCAGUUUUUGGGAAGAACUUUAUACCUCCUAAAAAGCCAAAAACAUUUCUUCAGUUAGUAUGGGAAGCACUACAGGACGUUACAUUAAUUAUAUUAGAAAUUGCAGCCGUAGUAUCCUUGGGCCUUUCUUUUUACCAGCCUCCAGGAGGAAAUGAAUCAUUAUGUGGAUCAGUAAAUGUUGGUGAAGAAGAGGAGGAAUCUGAAGCAGGUUGGAUUGAAGGAGCAGCUAUCCUCCUAUCUGUAGUUUGUGUGGUAUUAGUAACAGCUUUCAAUGACUGGAGUAAAGAGAAACAAUUUCGGGGAUUGCAGAGCCGUAUUGAACAAGAGCAGAAAUUCACAGUCAUCAGAGGUGGCCAAGUCAUCCAAAUACCAGUAGCUGACAUAAUUGUUGGAGAUAUUGCACAAGUGAAAUAUGGUGACCUUUUACCGGCUGAUGGUGUACUUAUUCAAGGAAAUGAUCUCAAAAUUGAUGAAAGCUCGCUGACUGGGGAAUCCGAUCAUGUUAAGAAAUCUCUGGAUAGAGAUCCUAUGCUGCUGUCAGGUACACAUGUGAUGGAAGGUUCUGGAAGAAUGGUAGUUACUGCUGUGGGUGUGAACUCUCAGACUGGAAUCAUCUUUACCUUACUUGGGGCUGGAGGAGAUGAAGAGGAGAAGGAGAAGGAAAAAGAAAAGAAGGAAAAGAAAAGUAAAAAGCAAGAUGGAGCUGUUGAAAACCGUAACAAAGCUAAAGCUCAGGAUGGUGCAGCCAUGGAAAUGCAACCACUGAAGAGUGAGGAUGGUGGAGAUGGAGAUGAAAAAGACAAGAAGAAAGCAAACUUGCCAAAGAAGGAAAAGUCAGUUCUCCAAGGCAAGCUCACAAAGCUUGCAGUUCAGAUUGGCAAAGCAGGUUUGUUGAUGUCUGCAAUCACAGUCAUUAUCCUUGUGUUAUAUUUUGUAAUUGAUACCUUCUGGGUUCAGAAGAGACCUUGGCUUGCUGAAUGUACCCCAAUUUAUAUUCAGUAUUUUGUGAAGUUCUUCAUUAUUGGAGUUACAGUCUUGGUGGUGGCAGUACCAGAAGGUCUUCCACUUGCAGUCACUAUAUCUCUGGCUUACUCUGUUAAGAAAAUGAUGAAAGAUAAUAACUUGGUGAGACAUCUGGAUGCGUGUGAAACUAUGGGCAAUGCAACAGCUAUUUGUUCAGAUAAAACAGGAACAUUGACUAUGAACAGAAUGACAGUGGUCCAAGCCUACAUCAAUGAAAAACAUUAUAAAAAAAUUCCAGAACCAGAAGCUAUUCCAGAGAAAACCAUGGCUUAUCUUGUGACAGGAAUUUCUGUUAAUUGUGCUUAUACUUCCAAAAUACUGCCUCCUGAAAAAGAAGGUGGCCUACCACGUCAUGUUGGAAAUAAAACUGAAUGUGCCUUGCUGGGAUUGCUCUUGGAUUUAAAACGUGAUUAUCAGGACGUAAGAAAUGAGAUACCAGAAGAGGAUUUGUACAAAGUGUACACCUUCAACUCUGUUAGAAAAUCGAUGAGUACUGUGUUAAAAAACUCUGAUGGCAGUUUCCGGAUAUUCAGUAAAGGUGCCUCUGAGAUAGUUCUUAAAAAGUGCUUCAAAAUACUGAGUGCUAAUGGUGAACCAAAGGUAUUUAGACCUAGGGACCGCGAUGAUAUUGUGAAAACUGUAAUUGAGCCAAUGGCUUCUGAAGGUCUCAGAACCAUCUGCCUGGCAUUCAGAGACUUCCCAGCAGGAGAGCCUGAGCCAGAGUGGGACAAUGAAAAUGAUAUUGUUACUGGUCUGACAUGCAUUGCUGUUGUUGGGAUUGAAGAUCCUGUGAGACCUGAGGUACCUGAUGCAAUAAAAAAAUGUCAACGUGCAGGCAUAACUGUACGCAUGGUCACUGGUGAUAACAUUAACACUGCUCGUGCUAUUGCAUUGAAAUGUGGUAUUCUGAAUCCUGGUGAAGACUUCCUGUGUUUAGAGGGCAAAGACUUUAACAGGAGAAUACGCAAUGAAAAAGGAGAGAUAGAGCAAGAGCGAAUAGAUAAAAUUUGGCCAAAGCUUCGUGUUCUUGCAAGAUCUUCACCCACUGACAAACACACUCUAGUAAAAGGUAUAAUUGACAGCACUGUCUUUGACCAGAGGCAAGUUGUAGCAGUAACUGGUGAUGGUACCAAUGAUGGUCCAGCGUUGAAGAAGGCAGAUGUUGGAUUUGCUAUGGGUAUUGCUGGAACAGACGUAGCUAAAGAAGCUUCUGAUAUUAUCCUUACAGACGACAACUUCACCAGUAUUGUUAAAGCAGUUAUGUGGGGACGAAAUGUUUAUGACAGCAUCUCCAAAUUUCUUCAGUUCCAACUUACUGUCAACGUAGUAGCAGUAAUUGUUGCUUUUACAGGAGCAUGCAUAACACAAGAUUCUCCACUUAAAGCCGUGCAGAUGCUGUGGGUAAAUCUCAUAAUGGACACAUUAGCUUCCCUUGCCCUGGCAACAGAACCACCCACUGAAGCUCUUCUGUUGCGGAAGCCUUAUGGUAGAAACAAACCUUUGAUUUCUCGUACAAUGAUGAAGAACAUUUUGGGUCAUGCAUUCUACCAGCUUGUAGUGGUCUUCACGCUCCUGUUUGCUGGUGAGAAAAUUUUUGAUAUCGAUAGUGGAAGAAAUGCACCUCUGCAUGCUCCUCCUUCAGAGCAUUAUACUAUAGUAUUUAAUACGUUUGUGAUGAUGCAGCUUUUUAAUGAAAUUAAUGCCCGAAAGAUUCAUGGUGAAAGAAAUGUUUUUGAAGGAAUCUUUAACAACGCUAUCUUCUGUUCUAUUGUGCUGGGGACAUUUGUUGUGCAGAUAAUUAUUGUGCAGUUUGGUGGAAAGCCUUUCAGUUGCUCAGAACUCUCAGUUGAACAGUGGCUGUGGUCCAUUUUCCUGGGCAUGGGCACAUUACUUUGGGGCCAGUUGAUUUCAACAAUUCCAACCAGCCGACUGAAAUUCCUUAAAGAAGCCGGUCAUGGAACACAAAAGGAAGAGAUUCCUGAAGAAGAAUUAGCAGAAGAUGUAGAGGAGAUUGAUCAUGCUGAGAGAGAACUGCGUCGUGGUCAGAUCUUGUGGUUUAGGGGCCUAAACAGGAUACAAACUCAGAUGGGAUGGUCCUUUCUCUUGUUCUCUCUCUCUCUUGCUGAGCAAGCUGUCACAAUCUCUGAUUCCUUGCAGAUGGAUGUAGUGAAUGCUUUCCAGAGUGGAAGUACCAUUCAGGGGGCUCUAAGGCGGCAACCCUCCAUCGCCAGCCAGCACCAUGAUGUAACAAAUAUUUCUACCCCUACACAUGUAGUGUUUUCCUCUACUACUGCUUCUACUACUGUGGGGUAUCCGAGUGGUGAAUGCAUUUCGUAGCUCCUUGUACGAGGGGCUAGAGAAACCUGAGACACGAAGUUCAAUUCACAAUUUUAUGACGCAUCCUGAGUUUAGAAUAGAAGACUCCGAGCCUCAUAUUCCCCUUAUUGAUGAUACUGAUGCUGAAGAUGACGCUCCAACAAAACGCAACUCUAGUCCCCCUCCCUCUCCCAAUAGAAAUAACAAUGCGGUUGACAGUGGAAUUCACCUUACAACAGACAAGAACAAGUCUGCUACCUCUUCAUCCCCAGGGAGCCCACUACAUAGUUUGGAAACAUCACUCUGAUUGUAAGCUGAAUGUUAACACACUAGCUGCAUUGUAAAGAAAUUGAAACUGGGUCUCUUCACACAUUAUGAUGGACAAGAUGAUAUUCUUGUCUUGGACUUCAACAGAAGAAACACUUGUACGAAUGUAGAUUUAUUUUUUUAAAAAAAGCUUUCUGCCAGACUGGAGGGUGCUUUUCUGGGGGUGGGAGUAAUAAUGAACUCUGACAGAUAAACAGUAACUCAGCAUAAGUGACCUGUGGAUCAUCUGUUGUACUAAGAAUGGUCCUGAAGAGUGUGUUAGCAGAGCUUUAGUUUAUCAUGAUCCUUUUCUGAGGGGAAAGCUGGGAAGGGCAAGGAGGCCCUGGAUCAUUGAAUUGAUACUUUAAUUUCUGCUGUUGGCUGUUAAUAAUUUGGAUUAUUUAUGUUUAUAAAUGAUACAGAUCUGUUUACAAGGUUUGUAGAUACUUUUUUGUUCCUGUUCAUAGAUGGGAAGCUUCCUUAUAAAUGAUGCAGAGAAGACAAAAAACAAAACAAAAAAACCAAAAAAACUAGUCCUUCAAAUACUGCUGUAUUUUCAGGAAAAGGGUGUUUCUAUUGAAACUGUACUAAAUUUUGCCUGCAAUUUACCUUGUUAAAUAUUGUAGAUAAAUUGCUACUACUAAUAGCCAAAUAGAUAACACUAAUGCUUUGUAAAAACAUGAGCAGUGGUGUUCUAAUGAAGUUAUGGCCUCUGUCCUAAUUAGUUUCUUAAAUACAUUUACUACUUAAUGGUUUUGAAACAACUGUUUAAUUUUUAAAAAUUUUGAGAAACUUAAUGAAUAACUUUUGUUCAGAACUUAGUAGGAUUGUUUAAUGCAGGACAUCAAUACGUGAUGGAACUUGCUUGAAAUAUUUCUGUUAUCUCGGGCAAAAUGGAUUAAAUCAAAAUACAUCAGAAUCUUAGUCCUUUGUUUUUGUCUAAUCAUGUUAGUUUAGUGCUGUCUUGGUGAACUGUGAGUGGAACUGUGAUUUUUUUCUAAUCUAUAGAAUCCUUCAUGCAGCAUGAGGGCUGUUGGCAUUUUGAAAGGUUGUUAGUGGGUAGCAUACAUGUUCUCCUUUUUGUUUUUGAAACUUGUUUGUAAACAUGAAUAAAUCUGCCCUUUUGUUAAAAUAAAAUUGCAGCAAUGGUUUCUUACAGAUUUUUUUUUUCUCAGCUCCUUCAGUGGAAAUACAGAAAGUACUCUUUUGUGUUACUGGUUACCUUUAAACUGCAAUUUCAAGAUGGUAACAGCCCCACUCCAAAUAGCUCUUUGGAUAAAUGGAAACAUGGUGGCUGCCUCCAGAAUGAAUGUAAGUUAAGGUACUCAAAAGUCUUCACUGAGCCAAAAGGAUACUCCUGGGGAAUUAAUAGGUCUGCCUGAAAUUCUGAGACUCGCUGUGAGUACCGUGUAAUAAAUGUAUCUCUGACUGCUUAAGUGAGGGAGACUGAGAACUGACAUAAAGCACAGGUGAAAUGCACCAGAACUGAUCGGCUAGAGAUUGAAUGAAGAAGUUAUGGUCUGCCUCUGCUGUAUUGUUCAGACAGCGAAGGAUGAUGAAACAGUACUUGGUCUGGCACUUCCUCAUAUUCCUCAUAGGUCCAAUACUACUUAAAAGAGCAACAGAAGACAUGAGUUGUAAGAUUUUCUUUUUCCAGCUCUGUAUUCUUUAAAAUAGCAAGUGAAUUUUUUUGUCAGAUAAUCCAGAAUUACGGACUUUUUGAAAGUGGUCCCUUCGGAGGACUGCAAGAAUUAAGUUGGUAAUGAGGAAGGAAAUAAUACUAGAGCUAACUGCAGAAAUGAGCAGGUUGGGAAGCUCAAGCACAUCUUUCCCUUGUGGUGGGGUACAUGCAUGCUUGGGGUUGUCCUUUAGUGGAUAUUGUUCAACCUGUGGCACUGUAUCCCACUGUCAACCACUCCUGAAUUCCAUCUUUUCUAUUGUACUUCAGUAAAUACACUGAAUUCUAGGUAAGGGGGUCGAGGGUGGGGGGUUGCACUUGACACUUUGUAUAGUAAUUUCUCCCACAUGUUUCUAGCACUUUUCUUACAUCAUAGUUCUUAUCUAGAGCGCUUGGUAGGGGGGUCAGUUUUUAUGUAAGCUAUUUUCUCUUUACUACAAAAGUCAGAUAAGCAUUGGCUUAAAAUAAAGGGAGUUUUCUUUACCUGUGAAGUACACUGCCAUGUGGAAAAGUAUCUUCAUUUAGCUUCAUUAAUGAAUAAUGAUUUGACUUCAUUUCAAAACAGACUUUAAUUUUCCCCUCUUCUCUAGGUGUGAUCAUGACUGCAUGUUAUCUUUUUUGAAAUAAAAUCUACACUUAAGCCUUUUGUGGGGGGUGGGAGGGUGAAUGUAGGCUUUGUACAUCGCUGGUCCCUCUUGAUUCUGUUAACAUCAGUGUGCUGUUCUUACAGGAAACUUCCUUACAGAAACAAGGAAAAGUUGUUUAAGAGGGGGGUAUGCUUUCUUUGUGAUCUCAAGAAAUCAUAACAUUGCCUAGAUUAUGAAAUGGUUUUCACUAAGCUCAUGAGGCCUUCAUUGCCUUUCUGGUUGUAAGGUUUACUUGUCUUUCUUCUUGUAACUGAAAUAAAUAAAAGUGCUGUUCAUCUCA